AUGGCAGCCAAGUACAUAAUCAAGAACGCAACAGUCGUCUCCAUGGAUGAAAACAUUGGAAACGUCUCUAAUUGCGACGUAUUGAUAGAAAAUGGAAUCAUCAAGGCGGUCGCCCCAGGUUUGCCACAUUCUUCAGACCAUAUCAUCAUAGAUGGGACCGACGCCAUCAUCUCGCCGGGUUUCAUCGACACUCACAGACAUACCUGGCAAACCCAACUCAGAACCCUCUGUACCGACUUCGUCUUGGCCGAUUAUCUCCUGACCCUGAGACAUAUCUACGGCUCGUGCUACUCGCCCCAUGACGCUUAUAUUGGGAACUAUUGCGGAGCUCUCGAGUCAAUCGACAACGAAAUCACUUAUUUGGUUGACCACUCCCACAUCAUGAACACGCCCGAGCAUGCAGAUGCGGCGGUCAAAGGCCUCAAAGAUGCCAGAAUCCGAGGAACCUUCUGCUAUGGCUUUUAUCCAAACCCAGCUUGGGAGGGUUCUAACACGGACAAAACGAGAGAAGAGACGACGCCUGAGUGGAGAUUGGAGGAUGCUAAACGCGUUCGACAAAUGCACUUCCCAUCAAACGGACCUCAAGAGCUCUUACGCUUUGGUGUCGCGCCGGCAGAGGCUGAAGUAGUCCCGUUCGACCAACUGGUGCACGAGAUCGAAGUGGCAAGAUCUCUAGGCGCCGCGGUAAUUACCGCCCAUGUCGCUCUUGGGAAAUACGACUCGGGCCAUUUCACAACCCGCCAGCUCGACCGGAGAGGCCUGCUCGGCCCAGAUCUGCUAUGGAGUCAUGCCAAUUCCUUGCAGGAUGACGAGUUGCAGGCCGUGCAAAGGAAUGGCAUGGGACUGUCCACGACGCCAGAUAUCGAGAUGCAGAUGGGAGGCGGCCAUCCCAUUGCAUUCAAAGCGCGGGAAUUUGGAUGUUCAGCUGCUCUUGGGGUGGACAUCUGCUCGAACUGUCCCGCCGACAUGUUCCAGCAAAUGCGCCUCUUGCUUCAGGCCCAAAGAUGCGUUGACCAGGAGAAAGUCUCCGGGCCUCCUCUACGAAUGACACGGAAAUGUGCGGAGGUCCUGGAAAUGGCUACCAUGGGCGGCGCCAGAGCGGUCGGGCUGGAGAAGUAUAUCGGCAGCAUUACUCCGGGCAAGAGGGCAGAUGUGUUGAUCGUCAGAUGCGACUCGACCAGACUGGUUCCAGUCCUCGAUCCCGUAGGGGCGCUGGUGCUUUACGCCAAUGGCUCCGAUAUCGACACGGUCUUCGUCAACGGAGAAAUCGUCAAGUCUCAAGGUAAAUUGACGAAUGUAGACUGGCCCAAGGUCCGAGCAGAGCUACGGGCGUCCGUGGCAUCCAUCUUGGACCUAUCAAACAAGGCUCCAGUGCAAGAUCUGGACGCCGCCCGCGAUGCUAUGGUGCUCGCCUUUGCCGCGAAAUAG